AUUGCUGGUGUAAUUGGUGAUUUCAACGAGCAUGCCAACAGUUACAACUUAGUACUGAUACCAGUAAUAAGUAUAUUUGGCUUCUUCAUUGACUAGUACUGAACAGCUAGCUUCAGCAAGAAACCCUUGGGAGAGCUCUUUGCAGAGAAGCGUAUCACCUCACCAAAAACGUACGCCUACUUCCAUUCAUUCAAUACUUUUAUCUUUUCUAUUUUUGGAUAGUCUUCAAGCUCCUAGAUCCCGUGCAUGUGAGCAUCCAGCUAAAUUUGGCUAGCUGCUGCCUUUCAGCCUGGUACUUGUAAUGGAACAAGAUCAAGACGAAGAGGUGCAUGAAUUAUUGCAGGGCUGCGUUCUCCAAAAUCAAACUGCGGGUUGUGGGCCGCCGACGUGCCCUGCUGUGACGAACGCCGUCGAGGCAUGCGAGGCGCUGAAGGCAUGGCUGCAAGGCUCUGCUGCUCCACGUUGCCUGGAGACCGACGUGGAGUCGGGGGAGAGUGGCGCCACCGCGGCUGUGCCUAGCCCGUCAGAACAGCGCCGUCUCUCUCCACUGCUGCCUACCUGCACACCGGUAUCACUAUCACAACUCCUCCUCGAUGGUAGCACAGCCGUGGCCACACACCAGCAUGACAUCAGCAGUAGAAGUAACGAUGGCGGAGAUGAUGGGAGCCAGCUGUCGACAUUGGCCUGUCGCCCAGCUCAGUCCGAGGAGUGCUGCUCUGCUGCUUCGUACCGCCCGUCUUCGGCUUGCUCCAGCCAUAGUGUGCUCUCUGAGUCGCUAGAGGAGCUUGUUGCGGGGGCGCGUGACCCAGUGUGGAAACGGAUAACACGGCACUGUGGACACGCUCACGUACGCCGGAAACCGAUCGAGUGGAGUCUGCUGCGCACCAGGACAAUGUUCACGGGUAGCGUGCGCCUGUCUCUGUUGGAGUCAGCGUCGCCUGCCGAGCACGGGUUGGAAAUGCCAACGACCGGUGACGCGGCGGUGGAUGGUGAAACGGGAAUGUUUCGAACGGAGGACGAGCUGGCUGCGUUUCACCGCAAGAUGGCUGACAUGAAAGCCAUGCUGGAUGAUGAGCUGGAAGAGCUGCGAGACCAGGAGCUAGGAAUAUAUGCACAGCGUGUGGAAGAGGACAUGCGCGCACGGAAGAUCUUUCAAGAGAUGCAGGCUGUGCUGGAGCAGGAGACUCAGGAGCUGAAGCACCAAGACCAUGUGAUUGAGUUGGAAGUACGUGAGAAGCUAACACAUCCAGAGCCUGUUAUCAACCGUCCCGACAUUGACACUGCUGAUGAUGAGUUUACACGGCGGCAGCGUGAGGAAGGUCUUCGCUUCAAGUCACACAACAACACCGAGGCUGUGCUGCACUACGAUGAUCUGCCACCAGAGCUGGACCUUGACGCGGUGAUGAACAACGCCCUACCCAUUCCGGAGCCCCAGCGCGUGUUACCCUCACAAUCAGCAACGCUUUCCGAGGAGCCUACCUGGCUUCAAGCUGGCAAGUCCGUCGACAGUGUCACCACCAACGUGUCCAUGUUACAUUGCGAGGCAUCACGUAGCUUCACUGCUGAGCAACCGGAGAGGCUGGCCACAAUAUUCGCCGUGCCGUCCUCGUCCUCAUUCUCACCCCAAUCACCAGCAGCAGCGGAUAUGUGUAGCAACAACAGCAGCAACAAUGGUAGUAUUGACGCUGUGGCGAGUGGCUCACCAUCUUUGUCUAUCGACGUGCCCGCACUCAAGCCUCCAUCGAGAAGCGUGCCUGUGCCCGUGCUCCCUAGCAACCCUGCUGGAGGACCUGACGACAGCAAUGUGCCAGCAGCGAAUGGAAGCAACAGUCGCAACGCCGAUGCUAUUCCCAGCAACUCAGUGCCUGCAAGCACCGGGUCUUCAUCGUCGUCACCAGCGUGUAAACCUGUGCCUACAAUCACUGGGUCUUCAUCGUCGUCAUCACCACCAGCGUGUAAACCUGUGCCUGCGACCACCGGGCUGCCAUCGUCGUCGUCUUCGUCGUCACCAGCACGUAAACCUGGAAUACCGGCACACCCGAGCUUGGACAUUGGCGUCACCGUAAUGAAGACGAGGAAGCGUGGCUGGCUCUAGGUCCCUGAGGGGAUUCCGGGCGUGCCACUCAACUCUCCCAUACUAUAGCAAUCACAUCGCCUCGCGUAGUGGCUGGCUCUAGGUCUGUGAGGGGGAGCACAGGCGUGCCGAUCGACUCUCCCGUUGUAGCGACAUCACCUCGCCUCGAGGCGCCUCGGUCUAACUACCGUUACUAGUAAGCGGUGGCAGGCGGUGAUGACAACCCACCCGAUGCCUGCUUUUGUACGGGCGGGCGGCUUGUGGUAAGUGUAGUGAGCCAUCUAUCAGAGCAACCACUCGAUAUUUAUUAUACUUCACGACCAGGCUUAGUAUUUCAGCAUGCGGAGAAGUUCGACGCUUUAGCACAGUUAUAUAUUAUCGAAUUCAGUCAACCGUGUACGACAUCUCUCUCCGCUAUGUUGAGCCCACGCUGCUGGUGGCGUGUCCUCAGCAAACCAUGCCGGAGGCAGUCGCACCGUGAUGUCGCACCCACAGUCCGUGUACGCAUGCUAGACUGUUCGCAGCAUCGUCUUCACUCUGUGCAGUCGUACACGACCACUGUAGCAGCUGCAGCUGCUGUAGUACAAGUAGGUUUUCUAAAUGUGCCUCUUCACCUAAGAUUUUCAGCCUUUCAACUUCAUUUGAGGAUAGCGAUCAACAGGACCUACUGAAUCGACAAUUCAUAGUGGCUUUGUUCUACAUGUAUGUGGAAGAACGUGAUGCGACGGACAAGGAGUUUCAACUCCAGGCUGGGUUCUUCCCUCUCCAAACCUUUCCCAGACAGUCUCACUAAGCGACUCCAAUACACUUAUUUCCUGUGCUAUUUUUAACCGGUUCCACAUGUAGCUGUUGUCAUCAGCUACUCUUGUAGAUCUUUUUUUCUGUUUGCACAGUGCAGUGUUUGACGAAUGGUGUAGAGCGUUUGAACAGUGGUAUGCAGUAUUUCGCCUGCUGCGGCCGCCACUACUUGUCCCGGAAAGCUGUUUUAUCUGUGCUCUCGCCCGAUUUUAUUCUGAUCUUCAUCAAUAUCGCACCACUGCAUUGCUGCUCUGAUUUCUGGCCUUUUAAAAGUCAUUUAAGGCCGUCUUAAGUGUAUACACACUCAUAGGGGUUGUCUAGACAUCUAUUUAUCCGCUUUAUGACCGUGGCCCAUGUUGGGACAGAUCAUUAUUUUGAAGAUACCAAUACAAGAAGUGAGACAUA